UGUGUGGUUUUCUCUGUCACCCAGUGGAAGGAUGAAGUUGGUUAUUCUGCUCGCUGUGUUCGGGCUCAGCCUCGCCCAGCACAACCCCCACUUUAAACAUGGAAGGACGUCCAUCGUCCAUCUCUUUGAGUGGCGCUGGGCCGACAUCGCUGCUGAGUGUGAACGCUUCUUGGGUCCCAAAGGCUUUGGAGGUGUUCAGAUCUCUCCUCCAAGUGAGAACAUUGUGCUGGACCAUCCCUGGAGAGCCUGGUAUCAGAGAUACCAACCCGUCAGCUACAAGUUGUGCUCCAGGUCUGGCAGUGAGAACGACCUGAAGGACAUGAUCUCCAGAUGCAACAAAGUUGGGGUCAACGUCUAUGCGGAUGUUAUCAUCAACCAUAUGAGCGGAUCUGGAGGUGGAGAGGGAACCCACUCCGCAUGUGGCAGCUGGUUCAGUGCUACCAAAGAAGACUUCCCCAGUGUCCCCUAUUCCUAUUUGGACUUCAAUGACAACAAAUGCCACACUUCCAAUGGUGAAAUUCAGAACUAUAAUGACAAAUAUCAGGUGCGUAACUGUCGUCUGGUUGGUCUGUUGGACCUCGCCUUGGAGAAGGAAUAUGUCAGGGGCAAGGUGGUUAACUACUUGAACAGCCUGAUUGCCAUAGGUGUGGCUGGUUUCAGAGUAGACACCAGCAAGCACAUGUGGCCUGGUGACCUGCAGGUUAUCUACGGUCGUCUUAACAACCUCAACACCAACUGGUUCUCCGGUGGCUCCAAACCCUUCAUCUACUCGGAGGUUAUUGAUCUGGGAGGUGAGGCCGUCUCGUCUAAUGAGUAUUUCCAUUUGGGAAGAGUGACUGAGUUCAAAUAUAGCGCCAAACUGGGAUAUGUCUUCAGAAAAUGGGACAAUGAGAAGCUGUCCUACACCAAGAACUGGGGAGAGGGAUGGGGCUUCAUGCCCAGCGGCAAUGCUGUGGUGUUUGUUGACAACCAUGACAACCAGAGAGGUCAUGGUGCUGGUGGUACAUCCAUUCUUACCUUCUGGGACUCCAGGCUGUACAAGAUGGCUGCCGGCUACAUGCUGGCUCACCCUUAUGGAGUAACCAGGGUCAUGUCUAGCUACCGAUGGAACCGCAACUUCGUAAAUGGAAAAGAUCAGAAUGACUGGAUGGGCCCUCCCAGCUAUGGUGAUGGAUCCACCAAGCCUGUAACAAUCAACUCUGACCAGACAUGUGGAAAUGACUGGGUGUGUGAGCACAGAUGGCGUCAAAUCACGAACAUGGUCAUUUUCCGUAAUGUGGUCAAUGGACAGCCUCUGUCCAACUGGUGGGACAACGGGAACAACCAGGUUGCCUUUGGACGUGGUAAUCGUGGUUUCAUCGUCUUUAACAACGACAACGGUGAGCUGAAUGUGACCCUGAACACUGGCAUGCCUGGUGGUACCUACUGUGACGUCAUUUCUGGCCAGAAGGAAGGAAGCAGGUGUACUGGGAAGCAGAUCCAAGUUGGUGGCGAUGGCCGUGCCCACUUCAGGAUCAGCAACAGUGAUUCAGACCCCUUUGUUGCUAUUCAUGCUGACUCUAAGCUGUGAACACAUUGUGAAAGUUGAAAUAAAUCAGCAUUUUAAAACUUCAAUAA